AUGGAAGAGAAAACACAAUACAUGCUGCAGCUGAUUGAAGAGGAUGGAGAUUCCUUUGCUAAGAGGGCUGAGAUGUAUUACAAAAAGAGGCCGGAAUUGAUCAGCUUUGUCGAGGAGUCUUAUCGUGCUUUCCGCGCCUUGGCCGAGCGAUAUGAUCACCUGUCAACUGAGCUUCAGAAUGCCAAUAAUACUAUUGCAACAAUAUUCCCGGAUCAGAUUCAGUUGGAUAUGGAUGAGGAGGAUGAUCUCAGUGCUCCUAAGCUUCCAAAGGGUUCGGUUAAAAUGCCAAUCCCAAACGCGGCGAGAGUCCCUAAGGUCCCUAAGGCUCCUAUUAAGGAUUGGAAGGGCCUGAUCAGUGCAUCAAAGAAUCUCCAGGCGAAGAAAUUAAAGGCAGAAGAAGCUAAUAAAAGUGUCACAAAAUCAGGUUUGAGCAAGUCUGAAGCUUCUGAAGAGAUUGACAAGCUUCAGAAAGAUAUUCUAGCUUUGCAAACUGUGAAAGAAUUUGUUAAAAGCUCGUACCAAAGUGGGCUUUCCAAGUAUUGGGGAAUAGAAAACCAAAUCAUGGAAAUGCAGCAAAGGGUAUGCAGUUUGCAGGAUGAAUUCAGCAUAAAUAAGGUCAUUGAAGAUGAUGAGGCGCGGACUUUAAUGGCCGAAGCAGCAUUAAAAUCAUGUCAAGAGACAUUGUCUCAGUUGAUGGAGAAACAAGGAAAAUCAAACGAAGAAGCUCAAAAAGAGUACAAAAAGAUUGAAGAUGCUCGUAAGAAACUGAAAUCGAUCAGGCGUGAGUUCUUAAACGAUCAAUCUGCAGCAGAAGAAGAUGACGACAAGGAAAAAGAAAAACAACAAUCUGCAGGAAGUUCCAACAUAGAGACUCAGCAAAAGGGAAACCAAGAGAAAGUUUUGGAACAACCAAAUGAGAUGGGCUCAUAUACUGUCACGAAACUGGCAGAUAGAAUUGAUGAGCUUGUUAACAAGGUGAUUAACCUGGAAACUGCAGUGUCAUCUCAAACUGUUCUAAUGGACAGAUUAAGAACAGAAGCUGAUGAUCUUCACACACAAAUUCGGGUCUUGGAGGAAGACAAAGCGAAUCUAAUUGACGAUACACAGAAUUUGAACAGCAAAGUGCAGAAAAUGGAGGAAAAACUGCAAGGGAUCCAGGAUUUGAAUGACAAUGUUGAGAAGCAAAAUAACCACCUACAAUCAAAUUUUGCUCAAGCUCGAUCGAGUCUAGAUCACCUGUCUGAGAAGCUAAAUACUGUCAAACCAGAUGAAGAAAUUGAGGUUCCCACUUCUGAUGAAAUGCAUGAAAACGUCGACAUUGCUGGCCAAUCCAGUUCAAUGAAGAAGGAAGAACCAAAGGACAUCAAAGUGGAGGAUAAAUCCAGUGAUACCAAAAAUAAAGCUGGUAAAAAGACAGUGAAAUUCCUGGAUGAGGUGGAAAAGAAAGAACAAGAUCAGGAGCAAAAGGCUGUUACUCAGAAUAAAGAAGGAUCAGAUGAGGAACAACAGAAAGAGAAUAAAGAAUUUAACUGGCAACAAAUGCUACUCAGCGGGGUGGAGGAUAAAGAGAGAGUUUUGCUCACAGAAUAUACAACAAUUCUCAGAAAUUACAAGGAUACAAAGAAGAAACUCGGCGACAUGCAGAAAAAGGACAAAGAUCAUCAAUUUGAACUGGCAUUGCAAAUCAGGGAGUUGAGGGGUACUAUUGCGAAGAAGGAUGAAGAAAUUCAACGCCUGAGAAACAGGCUGACUACACUCCCGGGAAAUUCUGCAGAUGACAAUAUUGAUACAAAGGAAGAUGAUCGAAGUUUGAAACCAGAUUUCCCAUCACCUGAAAGGGUAGAAGAAGAAAUAAAGUUGAUCCUGCUGGAUCAAUCUCCUAAGGCCACCUCACCGGUUGAAGAAAAGCUCAGGACAGAAAUCGACAGCAUCCUGGACGAGAACCUGGAUUUCUGGUUAAGAUUCAGCACAUCAUUUCAUCAAGUUCAGAAGUUCAAAACCACAGUUCAAGAUUUGCAGAGGGAAAUUUCCAGGCUGAGGGAAAAAAAGAAUCAAGAGGACAGCACCGGAGACCUGAAAUCCGAAGUUCGGGCGACAUACAAACACCUGAAAGAAAUCCACACGGAAUUAGCAGUGUGGAUGGAACAAAGUGUUGUUCUCAAAGAUGAACUGGAAAGAAGGUUUACCUCUUUGUGUGACAUCCAGGAGCGGAUCACCACUGCUUUAAAUGAAGGCAUGCAAGAAGAGGAAAUACGAUUUUCCAGCCAUCAAGCAGCAAAAUUCCAAGGUGAAAUCCUGAACAUGAAGCAAGAAAACAACAGGGUCAGUGAAGAACUGCAAGCCGGGGUUGAUCAUGUUACUACAUUGCAAGGAGAAAUAGAAAAGACACUGAAAAUGUUGGAUGAGGAAUUUGAGCUUUCUCCAGGGAAACAACCACAGAUGAGACACACAAUGAGUCGAUCUCGAGUCCCUUUGAGAUCGUUCAUAUUUGGAACUAAACUAAAGAAGCAGAAGCAUUCAAUAUUUUCAUUUAACAGGAAAUACCAGGCCCUCAGAGCUGGGCUCAUGUAG